UGGAAAAUCAAAUUUGUAAAGGAUGCCUACUUCAAAAUGACAUUAAAACUCUACUAUUACAACUACGACAAGUAUACAACUACAACAAGUAUAAAGAUCAAUCUACUAAACCAGAACUUCUCCAUAGUACAUGUAAAUGGAUUGUGCAUGAUUAAAAAAAUAAAAAGCAUGGUGGAAUGCAGCUUGGGAUAAAUAUGUCUCUGAACUUAGAUUGUUAAUAGGGGUUUAUAAAUGACAGGAUUACUGCAUGUUUUUCAACAUGGCCCCCAUGAGCAUGAUUCACUGGAUUCUCCUGCUUGUAGUACAGAGUGCAAAUAAUAUAAGGGGUCAGUUUCCUGCCAACUACACAGAUCAGUACUCAUGUCCCCAAAUGUACAAUAGCCUCUCGGGCACUCUGAGGCACCCCAACUUCCCAUACAACUACAAGACACCUGUCCAGUGUUCAAUGAGCAUCUACCUGAAUAAUGAUGGUCCAUCACCAAAGUAUCAGGUUGUCCAUCUUACUGCUAGGAUGUUUGAAACAUCUGGGGACAGUGUUUUUGCACACGAUUGGCUAGAAGUGAGUUAUGGUCUAGGAUCAUUCCAGUUUCGUGGUGAUGGGACAAAAGCAACUGAUGGAAGUGUGAAAGAGAAUACAAAAGCAAUGAGAGUUGGGGAGACAUAUACAUGUUAUGCUGGACAAAGUAACUAUUUCCAUCUUGAGUUCCAUUCUGGCAAUGGCUUUACCAAUAUUGGAGGUUUUAUUAUUGACUAUGAGGUUGAAACUGUCAGUGCAGAUUAUUACAAGUGCCCUAAACAGUUCACUGCACCUCUUGGCUAUAUACAAAGCUUUGAGUACCCCAACAACUAUCUUACCAACAUGAAGUGUGAGUACACCAUACAGCUAUGGGACAGUCCCAAUGACAAUCGUCUUAAGCGUGUCACCCUCAAGGCAGAGUACUUCAGUACUGGCAAUAGUGGCGAAGUUGAGAACUCUGACUGGCUGCUUAUUGAAGGGACGCAGUACUAUGGAUACGAUGAGAGGAAUGAACAUGCGAUGACAAUCAAUCAGACGCUUACUUUCUAUAAAAUGGCUGAGUAUUUUGUGUUAGAAUGGGUGACAGGAUCCUCAAAUGCAAGAUCUGGAUUCUCAAUCCAUUAUACUGUAUCAGAUGUAGAGACUGAGCCAGGCCCAGGGGGUGUUGACAACCAAGGUAAAUUGUUCGCAGUUGGGUUCCUCUAUCAGUAUGAUGGAGUGGAGAGGGCUUACCCCAAGCACCAGCUAGCUAUCACCAGCUGGAACGGUGCCAAUGUAGAAGUAUACUCCAAUUGUGAGCGAAUUAUGAGACAAUUCACUAUCACCCCUGGUGAAGUCACCCGCAUUGAAUUUGACCGAUGUGUAGAAGCUACCUACGGAGUUCAACUUAAUGGAAUAUCAGUAAAAUCUGACAUGGAAAUCAUAGUACAAGGAAUAAAUGCUAAUCUGCAGUCAUCAGAUGCAUUUCUGGGGAUUCCCCUUAUACCAGGUCCAAAUGUCUACAUUAUACCUACAUACUUUACAGCAAUUUUCGAUUAUAACCAGUUAACAGUGGUGGCCUCGGCAGCAACAACUACACAGGUGACAUUUAUACCCAGGAGAAAGACUGGCAUAUACUGGAGGGAUGCAAAGAUAGUAGAUCUUAAAUACAUGGAGACAUUCUCCUAUUAUCUCUAUGGAACUAGAAAUGACCAAUAUGAUCUUACAGGAACCAUCAUAUACUCAAACAAGACAAUCAGUGUUUUCUCUGGCAACAGGUGUACAAAGGUUGAACCGACCCCAUCAUUUAGGAACAACUGUAGUCACACUGCAGAACAAAUUCCUCCAGUUAGCACCUGGGGCCGAGAGUUUUAUGUUGUACCUGUCAUCCCUGUGAGAGACCAUAUGCUGAUACGUAUCAUAGCUGCACUUCCCAAUACAACUGCAUCGAUUAAUGGUGGUGAUGAAAUACAUAUUGCUGACACUGGUGAAUUUAUUGAGAGGAAACUUGAUGUUUCUUCAGUGCAUCACAUUUUGUGUAGUGAACCAUGUCUGGUAGUGCACUACAAUAUUGGGGGAACAUAUGCUGCUGCGCGUGCCCACGCAGCGCCAUAUAUGACCAUGAUUCCAAGUGUAGAACAAUAUACUUCAAAUAUUCACAUUUCUACAUUUACACGAAUAUAUAACAAACCUUUUACGGAUUACAUAUCAGUCAUAGCCCCCACUGAAAAAAUCAGCCAGUUAUAUAUCGAUGGUGAAGUGAUACCAACGAGCAACUGGACUGUUGUAAAUUCCAAAAUGGCGACAAUUUCCCUGCAAGUCGAUCCAGGGGAACAUGUUGUGCAUCAUAAUGAUCCAACAGUGAAGUUUAUGGUGUUUGUGUAUGGUAAUGCCCAAAUAGGAACAGACUCAUAUGGAUACCCUGGUGGAAUAGGAACACAUACACUUAAUGAUGGUUGCAAGGCAGAUAGCUGUGCUGAGACACAAGCUGUGUGUAUCCCUGGUGUUAACUCAACAUUCCACUGUUUCUGUAAGGAAGGCUGGACAGGAUUGAGCUGUCAGAAAGUAGAAUCAACCACCCCAGCUCCUACUGACCCUCUAGAUGCUUUCAAAUGUCCACAACUUCAUACAAAUGCAUCUGGGAUAAUUUACAACCCUGGUUACCCAAAUGGUUGGCCUUAUACCUAUCAAUGCACAAUCAAAAUUGACUUACAUUCAAAUGUUUGUGACUUGAACUACAAGCAGAUAACACUGUCUGUGGAAAAAUUUCAACUUAAAAGGUAUUCCGGCUCUAGUUUUGUGAUGAUAGAUGAUAGAAAGUACUUUGGCAAUGGUAGUGAUCCAACUGAUGUUAAUUCUUUACAAGAAGGACAGACAUACACAUAUCAGAGUAGGUCGCCAUAUUUCCACAUCUUCUUCAAAGGUUCAAGCAAAACAGAAGACUCCACAUAUGGAUUUGCCUUUCAUUACAAUAUAUCAACAAUACCUGGGCAAGAUAAACCAGCUAUCAAUCAAGCAAGGCCUGGCAAUAAAGGACAAUGUUUUGCUAUGACCUUCACCCCUGCAUGUGGUACAUAUCAUGAUCGUCAUAUGUCUUACAUUAUUGUGAUGUCACAGAAGCCAACUAAUGUUUCUAUUUAUGUGGCUCUGUCCUCUUAUGAUGAAUUUAGGAAACCAGAAAGCACACGCUUUGUUACACCCACAGAUCCAUGGCUAUAUAAAGCAGAUUUCAGCCUUACAGAGUACACAGAGGGAGGCAUCCAUAUGUUAUCAGCUAUUGUAAAAGCUGAUGAAGAUCUUACUGUAUAUGGUCAAAAAGCCAAUGAAUACAGGGCAGAUGGUUACUUAGCAUUACCAGUGGGAGGUGUGGAUAGCUAUGAGUAUAUGAUAGGUUCAUACACAAACAAAGUGCCCCGUCUUAAUAACAGAAAGGCUGCAUCUUCUGGGUUUGCUGUGGUUGCAACAGAGGACAACACAGUUCUUAAUAUCUCCCUCAAAGCAAACCAGGGUUACAACUCUACAAUACUCACUGUAAUCAUAGAUAAACUACAGGUGUAUUGGCAUCGUAAUACUGUUCAUGAUGUCACAGGCACAGUAGUUAAAUCCAACAAAGCCAUUUCCUUAUUCAGUGGCCACAGUUGUUGUCCAGGUUUAGCUCUUGAACAGUUACCACCAAUGAGCACAUGGGGAACAGAAUUUGUAGUUCAACCAAUUUAUAAAUCUAAAAUGAGAUAUAACUGGAGAGAACACACAACAUUGCGUGUGAUUGCAAGUGAAGACAAUACAUCAGUGGGUGUUAAAAAUGAUGGAUUACAAGCUUAUAUUAAUAAGGGGGAAUAUUAUGAAGUACGGAUAUCAAACAUAACUUAUAUGUACAUUGUGUGCUCUAAACCAUGCCUUGUUCUUCAAUACUGGCCCACAAUGGUGAUAAUUCCCCCUUUAUCUUCUUACAUAUCAAACACUUAUUUCCACAAAGGAUUAUACUACAAAUAUAACUAUGCCAACCCCAGUACCAUAACAACAAUGACAUCAAACUAUUUACAUUUUGCUUCACCGACACAGCACAAAGAUGGAUUUCUAAUUGAUAAUUCACCAAUGCCUGCCAAUUGGACUAAGAUUCUGGGUACAGAAUGGUCAGUUGCAGUAGUGCGUGUAAUAGAAAAUUCUAGCAUAUAUAUCAACCACACUGACCCUAGUGUCAGGUACUCUGUGCUUUAUUAUGGGUUUGGCUCUUACUAUCCAGCUGUGGCACUGCCUCUUGGACUCAACUUUGAUAAAAUACAAGAUGUAUGUUUACCAAACCCCUGCCUUAAUGAUGGCCUUUGCAUGAAGAGAGUGAAUGGAGGGACAAGUUGCCUGUGUAUUAAUGGUUACUAUGGUGAUACUUGUGCACUUUGUUGUGAAAGUACCAUUCCACCAACUCCACCUCCAGCUGUGUAUCCAAACCUUUGUCCACAGAUGCAUACAAGUCAGUCAGGCUACAUACAGAGCCCAAUGUAUCCAUUGAAUUACCCAAACAAGCAGGACUGUAGGAUACAGAUUGAUAUGACCCCAUUUUUAUCAUCUGACUUUCAAGAGAUUGUUCUUUAUGUGGAAGAUUUCCAUCUUGAAAAGGUCAAUUAUGCCAAGCAUGCUUUGGAUUAUCUGACAAUAGAGGGUGGUGAUCAGUUCACAGGAAGUACUGAUCGUGCGAUGGUUGUGGGCAAAUAUUACAUAUACCGUAACAGUAAGAAGAAGCAGUACUUUAAUCUAAACUUUGUGAGCAAUGAAUACAGGAUGGAACGAGGAUUCUCUCUGAAAUAUACCACUAGGGGGAUAAACUUCACCUCUGAAAUUACCCAUUCACACAGAGGAAGAAAGUUUGCUGUUGCUUUUCCUCGGAUGAAACAAGAGCCCACUAAAUAUGAUUUCUAUAAAGACAAGAACUAUAUUAUUUUUACAUGUGGUAGUUCAACUGACAUUCUGAUCACCCACCAAGGACAAACAGAGCAAAUUGCAUGCCCAGGCGUAUACAGCAAUAAUGUAUGGAGAACAUAUCCUAAAUCAAGUAGAGCUGAUAUUGGGGUAGAGAAUAAAGGUUAUAUAAUAGAGGCAAGUGAGGAAAUCGCAGUGUAUGUGUAUAGCAUUGAAAAGAAUGGAUAUUAUUCUUUGGACACUUCUGAAGCAUAUCUAGCACUACCAAUGCAUAAACAUAUGACAGAAUUUAUUGUUAUGUCAUACAUGUUAUCUACACGAUUCACAUCUUACUCAAGCAUUUUAGUAAUAGCAAGUGAGGAUAGCACAACAGUUACAAUAACAAAACGUACUGAGAGGAGGUAUAACUUUUUCAAAGAGAUAACCAUAAAGUUAAACAAAGGAGAAACCUAUCAACAUUUGGAUUCUACUGAUGACUUAACUGGUUCUAUUGUCAAGUCAAAUAAACCAAUCUCAGUGGUUAGUGGUUCGACAUGCUCGACCAUUCCAACCACUAGUUAUUAUCAAAAGUGUGAUUAUCUUGUUGAACAAAUGCCACCUGUAUUUUCAUUGGGGAAAGAGUUCAUUACACCAUCCGUAAACAGACCACUAGCUGAUGAUGUAUAUCUAAGAGUUCUUGCAUACUAUGAUGACACUACCAUUGAGGUACCUGCAUUACAGUUAUCACAAUCAAUGCAUUUAAUGAUGGGAGAGUAUUGGGAUGUGAAACUCCCAAAGAUUGACAAAGACGGUUUUUAUGCAAAUGAAAAUGAAUAUUACAUUAAGUGUUCUUAUCCUUGCUUGGUUGCUAUAUUUACUCCAAUAUAUGGAUCUAGCCAGUUUCCAUCAAUGUUCAUCAUUCCACCAAUGACACAGUUUGUGACAGGGAAAAACUACAUUCCAGUGAUAUCAAUGAUUUGGAAUGAAUAUGAGAGCAACGUAGACACAGAAACAUUUAUGCAAGCACCAAGUAAAUAUGGUACACGGUUAUAUUUCAACACAGGAGAGCUCAGUGAAUCUGACUGGAACAAAAUCCCAUACAAAGAGACAUAUUCUGGGAUAUAUAAAAGUUCAACAAGUAAACGUACUCUGGGAUUUGAGUUGAGUCAUCCAUAUAUAGAUGUUGGGUACAUGUCAUAUACUUACAGUUACGAUUCCCUUGGCCAUUUUGGGUAUCCAUCAGUCAUGGGAUUAUCAAUCACAAAUGACAUAUACCAAUGCCCACAAACUAUCCAGAACUUAAAUCCCUAUAACAAGCCCACUGGGUAUAUAAGGAAUCCUGGGUAUCCUGAAAGCUAUGGUGUUGACUUAGAAUGCCCAAUGAGCUUUGAUUUGUCAUCUGGAACCAGAAAACAUCCACCUUGGACUAUAACACGGAAGGACAUGGUUUUUCAUGUGGAGCUCUUUGAUGUCCCAGAGUGUUGUGACUAUUUAGAAAUAGAUGGCGUGAGAUAUACAAGUGAUGGGGAAAAUUCAUUUGAAGUGGGUGAAACAUACACAUUUCCUAAUUUUGACAAGAUAAAUGACAAGGUGAAAUUUGUGAGUGGACGUAAUAGCAGCAAUCUUACGAGACAGUUCUCUAUUUAUUAUGAACUGAUAGAGCCUGAUACAGAAUCACCACUUGUCAAGGGACAUAUUGGUAAAUAUUUCCUUCUGGGGUUCCUCAAACAGCUGGAUAGACAACUUUACCUGAACCAUUUAGAGAUCCACAUCCUUACAGCCAAAGCCACAACUAUAACAAUAAGCUAUACGCAUCCCAGCAACAGUAGUAAUAUCACCAAUACGUACCACGUUGCUGAAAAUGAACAGCUUACUUUGAAUUUACCUAAAGAACUGACAAUGUUAGGUGGCAUCGAGCAGAAGGUCAUAUCAGUAAAGAGUAGUGAGUUUGUCUCAGUGUUUACAAGUAGUUUUACGCAAGUGUCAACUGAUGGCUACCUUGCGCUUCCUGUAUCUACUGUAGGUGAACAUUAUAUACUAGCAGCAUAUGGAACAGGUGGCAUAUUUGAUCCCAGGCAGGAUUUAAAUGGCAACUCAACAUUUGGUAUCAUUGCGACUGAAGAUGGUACUAUAGUGGAAAUCAUUGAGUGCCACAAUGGAGUAUAUCAUACAAACUCAUACACUGUGAGCAUAGACAAGUUUGAAAGCUAUUCAGCAAUAGCUGACGAUGAUAUUACAGGCACUAUUAUAAGGUCAAAUAAACCUGUGGCAGUGCUAUCUGGGAAUGACUGUGCAAAUGUACCAAACACAAGACGACUUUGUAGUCAUUUAGUCGAGAUGCUACCUCCCGUGAACUCUUGGGGUGAUGACUUUUACGCUAUAAGCAGCAAACCAAGGAAUGCUGGUGAUAUUUUGCGAAUCAUAGCACGUGGCAAUACUAAAGUAGAACUGUCCCCUGGUGGACUUAGUAAAGAUAUUACUCUUGGGGAAUACUGGGAGGUUGUAUUGGACCAUGACGUGUUCUAUCAUGUCACAUGCGCAAUGUCAUGUUUAGUUAUGCAAUACUGUCAGUCGCAAACUGCAGAUAGCCGUUCCAUGGGACCAUUUAUGACUAUUGUCCCAGCCGUCUCACAAUACUCCAAAGAUUAUAGAAGUCCUAUUUUGAAUAGUUAUAAUGGUGAUCCUUACACAAAUUAUGCCCAUGUAUAUGUGCAGAAGGAAUAUACAUCUCAAUACUUUACUGAUGCUUUUAGAACUCCUGAAAAAAGUUGGAGCACUGGGGUGGAUUUUGACUAUAGUGCAGCAAGAAUAGAUUUGACAGAUGCAAUAUUGGCUCAUGAAUUUUAUAACCUAAAUGGAGUAACUAGGUUUGGUACUGUCCUCUACGGUUCAAGGUCAUCUUAUGAUACGUAUGCAUUCCCAGCAGGACUGGAACUUGAAGCACCAUCUGGAGGUUGCCAGGGUUGGGUAUGCCUUAAUGAUGGUUUAUGUGUAAUAACAGCAGAUGUACCUAAAUGCCAGUGUGUUAAUGGCUAUGAAGGACCAUUUUGUGAGACAACAAUGACAACCACAACAUCUACUACUACAACUACACCUACAACUAGUACUACUACCAUGACUACUGUAGCUAUGACUACAAUACCAAAAACAACAAAAGUUACUGAUAAACAAGAACAAACAACAACUGCAAUAACAACUAAAAUUACAAGAUCACCCACAGACAGACCAACAAAAGUCACAAUAAGCACAACACCUUUGACAAGUACUAGCAUAGAUGAGAUUGUGUCAGGCCAACAGUCUGGCCCAUCAGCUGGCGUUCUUGGUGCAUCAAUAGGUAUCCCGUUACUGCUUAUUGCUUUAGCAGUCAUUGCCUUUAUAUUAUACAAAAGAGGUGUGUUUAAAAGAUCAUCAUCAAGGCGGAGACAGGAACAGGGAUACAUCCUGGAUGACAUUAGUAAAUAUUAAACAAAAGGUAGAUACCAUUAAAAAGCCUCAAUUGAAAUAAAAUAGAAUGUAUCAAUAUAGUGAUCAGAAUUGCAACAAAGACUAAAGAAUGUAAAAUGUUGGAAGUCAUCUUUUCC